AAUUUAUAGAAGCAAUCGCUUGAAAAUCUCUGAGCUCUCUCCUCCUCCGGCAACCACCUCCGCUUAUCUCCGGGUUGAAUGGGGAAAAUCAAGAAAGUGAAACGUAGGGGUCACGUUACUGCUCCUUAUGCAUCACCACCGUCUUGUUGCAAGAAAGAAUGGUCUGGCUCGACCUGCCCUGUAUGUUUAGAGUCUCCACACAACGCUGUUCUCCUCCUGUGUUCUUCCCAUCACAGAGGAUGCCGUCCUUACAUGUGCGCCACAAGCACCCGUUUCGCCAACUGCCUUGACCAAUACAGGAAAUCACACCGCAAUGAAAACUCGGCUCUUUUGUGUCCGCUGUGUAGAGGUCAGGUGAAAGGCUGGACCGUUGUGGAAGACGCACGGGUGUAUUUUAACUCUAAGAGAAGGACUUGCAUGCAAGAAAACUGUUCUUUUUUGGGGAAUUUUAGAAAGCUAAAGAAACAUUUGAAGGAGAAACACCCACAUGCUUGUCCUAGAGCCAUUGAUCCAGCUCUUGAAACGAAAUGGAAGAGGCUUGAGAGGGAAAGAGACAGAAGAGACGUGAUCAGCACGAUAAUGUCGUCGACCCCAGGUGCUGUUGUGUUGGGAGAUUAUGUCAUAGAGCCGCGUGGUGGAGCUGUUUUUGAUGAAGACGACGACGAAGAAGAUUACAGCUCAGAUGAUUCUUUAAGCAACAACGGCGUAUUGAAUCUAGAGUCAUGGCAAGGUCAAAACCGUCAUAUUAGGUUUAUAGAUAUGGAUGCAAGCGACUUUGCAUCAUCUUCACGGUCCCCUGCUCCUCCAAGACGUUCAUAGAGGUCGGUAACUUUUAACUUAAC